AUGGGAACUUCAUUUCCAAAGUCCAAAACUCUUUACAUCUUCUCAUUCCUGGCGUUGUUCAUAGCUUCAUUUUCUUCACAUUCUCAAGCCUUUGCUAACGAAACCCUAGCCCAAUGCCUCAUCGACCACUCCCAACCUUCGCAUCCGAUAACCUCAUCCAUAUACACGCCCACCAACUCUUCUUUCUCGUUCGUUCUUCAAUCUUACAUUCGAAACCUCCGCUUCAACACCUCCAGCACGCCGAAACCCGCUCUCAUCCUCACCGCACUCCAUGAGUCUCAUGUGCAAGCCGCCAUCAUUUGCGCCCGGAAGCUCUCGGUCGAGAUGAAGAUCCGAAGUGGAGGCCACGACUACGAGGGCAUAUCCUACGUCUCCAUCUCCUUGCCUUUCUUCAUCCUUGACAUGCUCAAUUUCCGCUCCGUUGAUGUCGACAUCGAGGCUGAGACAGCAUGGGUCCAGGCGGGGGCCACCCUUGGCGAGGUCUACUAUGGGAUUGCAGCGACGAGCAAGGUCCAUGGCUUUCCCGCCGGGGUUUGCCCCACAGUGGGCGUCGGUGGCCACUUCAGCGGCGGAGGCGUGUAG